UUGUGAACUCUCCACACGUCUUCUUAGAUCUCAUCUCAACCUCCCCAACUUCCCUAUCGCUUCGCUUUUAUCUUUCUCAUCAUCUCUUUGUCCAUAUAUCUCUAGAUUGGGUGUAUAUAUAUACACACACAUAUAUGCGUCUCUCUUCCAAACAAACUCAAAUUAAACAACACUUUCCAGUUAUCCUUAAUUUAUUUCUUCUCCUCCUCAAUUUCCAUCCAUAUAUAUAUGGUGGAUUUACCGCGGAAAUCAAGGAAGAUGGCAACGCCGGAAAUAUCAGCUAGAUCAGCCAGAUUGCCGUCGGACAAGUCCCACCUCUCCGUCCCUUCCUCAUCACCCGUAGAAGACGCAUCCGCAACUGCCGCUUAUGAGCUCUACCUCCGCCUCCCAGAGCUCGCCAGCCUCUGGAACGCCAAAGCUUUCCCGGAAUGGAGAAACGAGACCAUCUUAAAACCAGCUUUGCAGGCCCUUGAAAUCACGUUCCGGUUCAUCUCCAUGGGUCUUUCAGACCCGAGGCCUUAUUCCAACCACGGUGAAUGGAAGCGGAGGCUCGAGUCCCUCGCCAUGCACGAAGUGGAGCUCAUCGCCCUCAUAUGCGAGGAUGAGGAGGAGGGGGGUGGUAGUGGCGCGCCGAUCGUGGAACUCAGGUCGCCAUCCGGUGUGCUGACAAGAGAUAGGAGCUCCCAGGAGGUCUGGCAGGUCCCCGGAGCAAGCCCAGUGGUAAGCCGGACCAGCGAGGAAAGCUUACUACCAAGGCUUGCAACGUGGGAGAAAUCCGAGGGCAUUGCUUCCAGGAUACUAUUAAACAUCGAGUGUCAGAUGCAUCGUUGCCCGUUCACGCUGGGGCUGGGUGAACCAAAUCUCGCCGGCAAGCCCAAUCUCGAGUACGAUCUCGUUGUAAGGCCGUCUGAUCUUCACUCCAUCAAGAAACCCUCAUCACCACCAUCAAUCAGGAACUUGGAGAAUGAGACGCUAUUCACCAUCCACCAGAUCCUCGAAUCAUGGUUGUUCGUUGCUCGGGAGCUUCUGAAGAGGAUCGUUGUUAGAUUAGAUGGGAAGGAGUGGGAGAAAGCCGCGAGUGAUUGCUGGAUCCUUGAGCAAAUAUGGAAGCUGCUAUCGCGAGUUGAGGAUCUGCAUCUGUUGAUGGAUCCUGAUGAUUUCCUCCAUCUGAAAAACCAACUAGCUAUUCAGGCGACACCGGGAUCAUCCGAGGCUCUCUGCUUCAGAUCAGCGGCCCUGCUGGAGCUCACGCGAUUGUCAAAUGACCUGAAAAGGAGGGUGCCGUUCAUUUUGGGGGUAGAGGUGGAUCCCAAGGGAGGUCCCAGGGUCCAGGACGCGGCCAUGAUUCUGUUUCACAAGCAGAGCAGGGAUGAUGGCGCUGUCUCAAGGGUCCAUUUGCUGCAGGCUUUCCAGGCGAUCGAGGGGGCCAUGAAGAGCUUCUUCUUUGCCUAUCGUCAGUUAACCGUGACGGUGAUGGGAAGCCUAGAGGCGACCGGUGAGUCGCUAGCGCAUAGGUUUCUAGAGCCGCCCUACUUUCCAAGUUUGGACGCGGCUAAGACGUUUCUCGGAGAGUUCUGGCGGAGAGAACGCGGUGGUGGUGCUGGUGGUGCUGCCACUGCCUUCACGGUCAACACAUCUGCAUCAGCGAGCAAAUGAACGAUGGUCCCACACACUGACUCUUUCUGCAUUUAGCAUUUGUACGCGUACACAAGGUGGUGGUUUCACGACUAUAGAAUAGAAUAGGCAAUGCCCUAUAAACUAUAAACUGCCUGAUUAUUUUGUUUGAUCAUUAUUUAUUGAUAAAUAUAAUAUGAUUUUUUCUUGUAUAAAAUAAUUUUUUUUUAAUAAUAAAAGUGAUAAACCAUUACUUUAUUAAAAAAAACAUAAAAAAAAUAUAAAAUCAGAAAAAAAAUAAAAGAAAUACAGAAAAAUAAAGAAUGAACAGCAAUCUCUCACUAGAAGUGAGUAGAAGAAAAAAAAGAAAAAAAAAAAAUCUAA